CGGAAGCUCAUAUUGAACGCAUCUGCCUCGGAUCCAUCGCCUGCAUCUGUCUCUCGUCCCACUCCAGUUAGAAAUGUGGAGAACAGUUUUGGAUACAAUGGCUGCAAACUAGUUGGAUGUGGCUCUGCUGUACCGAGUUUGAAUAUAUCUAAUGAAGAUCUUGCGAAAAUAGUUGAUACUAAUGAUGAAUGGAUUUCAGUCCGAACUGGAAUUCACAACAGAAAAGUUCUUUCAGGCAAAGACAACUUGACUGCACUAGCUGUGGAGGCUUCAAAGAAAGCUCUUGAGAUGGCUGAGGUAGAUCCUGAUGACGUGGAUUUAAUUUUACUGUGCACUUCGACACCAGAUGAUCUCUUUGGCAGUGCACCACAGAUUCAAAAAGCAUUGGGUUGCCAUAGAAACCCGUUGUCUUUUGAUAUAACAGCUGCUUGUAGUGGCUUCAUGCUUGGAUUGAUAUCUGCUGCUUGCUAUAUUAGAGGUGGUGGAUUUAAAAAUGUCCUUGUAAUUGGGGCAGAUGCACUUUCUCGAUACGUUGAUUGGACAGAUAGAGGGACUUGUAUUCUCUUUGGUGAUGGUGCUGGCGCUGUACUUGUCCAGGCCUGUGACAUUGCAGAAGAUGGUUUAUUUGCUUUUGACUUGCAUAGUGAUGGUGAUGGUCAAAGGCACUUAAAUGCUUCUUUAAAAGAGAACGAAACAGAGAAAAAAGUGGGCACAAACGGUUCAUUAAUUGGGUUUCCACCUAAACGCUCCAACUUUUCAUGCGUUCAAAUGAAUGGUAAGGAGGUCUUUAGGUUUGCGGUUCGUGUUGUGCCACAGUCUAUUGAAGCUUCAUUAAAGAAAGCUGGCAUCACCAACUCUAACGUUGAUUGGUUGCUUCUCCAUCAGGCGAAUCAAAGGAUUAUUGAUGCUGUUGCAACACGUUUGGCUAUCCCACCUGAAAAUGUGAUAUCAAAUUUAUCAAACUAUGGGAAUACAAGCGCUGCUUCCAUUCCAUUGGCUUUGGAUGAAGCGGUUAGAAGCGGGAAAGUUCGGUCAGGCCAUACUAUUGCUGCUGCUGGAUUUGGGGCUGGCCUUACAUGGGGCUCUGCAAUUAUGAGAUGGGGAUGAACAACUUAAAUGACGAUCAGCCCAAUGUAUCAUAUUGAGAUGAGAGGAUGUUGAUAAUUUUGUGCCUUUAGUAGUUUAGUCUCUCUUAACGUUGUACCCAGAAUCUCUUUUUGGUAUUUACCGGAAUUUUAUUUAUUUGCAUUAUAUUCUCUUGAACAGUGUGAAUAAGCUUAUAUAUUCGUCUCAUUUAUAUUAUUGUUUUUAUACAUUGGAAAGAUUGUUUAGUGUAUAUUUUAUAUAUUCGCCUCCUUUAUAUGAUAUGUGCCGAUGUGCGUUUGCAUUCAACAA